AUGCCAGCCGGCCAGGGCUGCUUUCGAGACUCGAGACUCGACACUCGAGCCAGAUCAGGGGCUUGGAAGCUGGGCCAGACUUUUGCGCGGCAAUGGUUGAUGGCGGCUAUGCUGCAGCACCCGUCUCUGAUCUCCAGCAAGGAAAAGGAGAGGAAUAAGGAGGAGGACAAGAAGAAGAAGGGUAGCAGUGCCAACCCCUCCCUGACCCGUGAACGAGCACAAGGUCUGGAUGACCCGGCCAAGGGCAAUCGCUUGCUCGACGGCGCCACCAAGGAAAACGACUAG